UUAACACUAGCUUCACUGGGUGAGCUGUUACUGAUUCCAGAGAUGCCCAAAAAGAAAACCGGAGCCAGGAAAAAGGCGGAGAACCGCAAAGAGCGAGAGAAACAGAUCCGAGCCAACAGGGAGCAUGUCGAAGUGGCCAAACACCCCUGCAACGUGAACAUGGAAUGUGACAAAUGUCAGAGGAAGCAGAAGAACAGGGCAUUCUGCUACUUCUGCAACUCCGUGCAGAAGCUGCCAGUCUGCGCUCAGUGUGGUAAAACUAAGUGCAUGAAGGCUUCAGAUUGCGUUGUCAAGCAUCCAGGGAUCCACAGCACAGGAAUGGCCAUGGUGGGGGCAGUGUGUGACUUCUGUGAAGCCUGGGUAUGCCACGGUAGGAAAUGUCUGAGCACCCACGCCUGCUCGUGUCCUCUGGCCGACGCCGACUGCAUCGAGUGUGAGCGUGGAGUCUGGGAUCACGGAGGUCGGAUUUUCCGCUGUUCCUUUUGUCGGAAUUUUUUAUGUGAGGAUGAUCAAUUUGAGCACCAGGCCAGCUGUCAAGUCCUGCAGGCAGAAACCUUUAAAUGCGUUUCCUGUAACAGACUGGGACAGCACUCGUGCCUGCGCUGCAAGGCCUGUUACUGUGAUGACCAUGCCAAGAGUAAAGUGUUCAAACAGGAGAAAGGCAAGGCUCCACCUUGUCCGAAGUGCGGCCAUGAGACCCAGGAGACCAAAGACCUCAGCAUGUCCACUCGUACCUUGAAGUUCGGUCGGCAGGCCGGUGGCGAUGACGAUGACGACUACGAUGGCGCGUCCGGGUAUGACGCCUACUGGAAGAACCUGGCAGCUGGAGGAAGCCGACAAGACGACUAUGGCGAUGAUGAUGAUGAGGAGGAAGAGGAAGAGGAGGAUGACGGGUAUGAGGAGGAUGAAGAAGAGGAAGAAGAUGAAGGUGAAGAGGAGGAUGAAACUGCUUCGGAGUCUCUGGCUGAGCUGAAGAUAGAUGGCACUGCAGCCUAAAGUAAGACUGAGGAGUUGAUGACCAGAGUGGAUUUUAACUGAGUGAAAGUCACAGAGUUUGGUUUAAAUACAGAGCGUUCUGCGUUCAGGCAGCCUAAUGCUCUUGUAAUCUUUGGAAGUGGCUUAUACGUGUUCUUUUUUUUUUUAAAGCUUUUCACAGUUGUUUGUCCAGUCCUGGUAUCAGUAUGGUAUGAUGAGGCAGUGGAGGACAAACGUAGAAAAACCAUAAACUGUACCAGAAAGCCAAAUUUACUCAGGAGCGAGUAAAUAAAUAUCAAAAGGCAAAACUGACAGUUAAAAGCUGCAUUCUGCAGUUUGUUGAUGAAGAACUAUGAGAUUCUCACACUUAGGCAGGGCUUAAUAAAAGAACCAUCUAUUAAAGGAUAUUUAUAAAUUAACACCUAUAUAAAUAAAUAUAACCUGAUUUUUCCUUAAAAAAUAAUUUUUAUUGCUGCUAAAAUAAUCUACAGUUAACUUGCUGCUGUUUUGCCCAUCUUGUAUAACAGGAGUAUAUUAUUAAAUGAUCAAGUUUUUCUGCUAAAUGUAAUAACAUUUCAAUCAAAGGAUAGGCAGUACUUAGCAUCAUGUAGAGGAGGGGCAGAUAAUUAGCAGAUAAUUGUAAACUCCUGUACACAACGGAUUUCUUUUGCAUUGCAUUAAAAGGACUUUAAAAAAGCAUUUCAUUGAAAUUCAGGAGCAGAAUUUUGUUUUGCAGAGACUUUCUCUGUAGAACAAGUCAAGUUUUAGAUCUCAUAAAAAGGCAUAAAGCGGCUUCCUCUGACACCUUCUUACUUUGUUUCUUGUAGGCGACACUCAGCCCCCGCACAAGGUGUUGCAGUUUUACCGUUAUGACUUUUCUAGUUAAAAUAAGAACAUGUUUUGGUUUUAACAAAAUAUAAAGCAUUACUUUUUUGUUUGGCUUGUUAAAACGUGAAGCUUUCUCGUUUCAGCAAGAAACGGUUCCUGAAACUAACUCUUCCGAAUUUUCAUGUGUAAAAAUGAUGUGAUGGGAAAAUUGUUGUAGUUCUUAAACUGUGCCAGAUCUCUGUAAGUUAUCCAGACUGAAUGGUUACAUAGUUGUGGAUUUAUUUUAACGCUUGAGUAUUAGCAAACAAAAACAUAACUGCCAUAUGUAGAAAUGACAAUGGUUCUUCCCAUGGGAUUUUUCUUGCCAAAAAGAGUUGUGGGUCCUGUAUACUGGAUUGAAAUCAGGUGAAAAUCAGUCAAAGUCCAAGGAAAAUCUUUUAAGGACCUUCAUAAAGGCUGAUUGAACUGUUGAUCAGAAUCACUGUUAAAAUUGAGAAAGUCUAACUGUUAGAAAGCAUAAAACAACAUAAGAAGUGACUAUUUUGAGCCCCUUAUUCAUUCCAGCACUCUCUGGCGACUUUCAGGAAUAUUGUGAACCAUUUUAAACUUCACCCUUCUGCACAACAUUGAAGGAAUAAAGUUUAAUAUGAAUCUAAAUCAAUAAAAUUGUGACUGAACAUUCUUUAUUUUAAUUCAUUCCCUGAAAUGCUUGGUUUUUAACAGGGUUGGGACUUUAAUUUCGAUGACUAAAUUAUAUAAAUUUAACUCAUUUAAUUGGAUAUUUUCUAACAUAUAGAGCUUCUGAGUGGAGCCUUUGUAUUUGCAUGUUUCUGGUACUCCUGUACAUCUGACUUUUGAUGGACGACAAAACCGCCCUUUUUGGUCCACGGGUGAUACAUUUCUGCUAAAAAAACAUUCUGAUGGGAUUAAACUAUUGUGCUAAAAGGUGUUAGACUAUCAACGAAUAUGUUCAAGCCUAAAACAGCAUCUCAAUGCCAAACAGCAGCAUAGAAAUCCCCAAUGCUAAUGUCAGCAAUGAUGCCUAAAAAUAUAUAUAUUUUCCAAAGCAACAUUUUGCUUUUAGGCUUCCAGAAACACCUAAAAGCAAAAUGUUUGUAUAAUGUAAAUAAUAUUAAAAAUAUUUAUUGCGUUGCUAAGCUUGUAUGUCUAAAUAUUCAAUAUUGGCAGCAAAUGGGUUUAUGAAUUGAAUAUCUUGCUUAAAUUGUUUAUUUAAAAUGUGAUUAAUUGUAAUUAAUUACAGCCCCUGCAAUUCACUGGCUAAACAUUUUAAUUGAGUCCCACCUCUAUUUUCUUAAUAGUUGGAUCUCCAUUAGUAACAUUAGUCAAUUACCUUACAAUAUGUACAUAUGAUUUCAAAAUCUCUUCCUGCACUGAGAACCUUGUAGAGAGACCAGUAGGAAGAUCUCAUGAUUAAUGUUUCCACUGUUGUGCGUCUAAGGUUUUUGGUAUGGCAUACGUGGGAGUUUGAUUUUAUCAUGUCUGUUUGUUGUAGGGUUCAUUACCGAAACCCCAUAAGAAUUUACUUGUUUUUCAGUCGUUUUAUAGCUGGUUGGAUUUUCCCAACUAAAGGCCAGAUGACUCUCUUGAAUGUGUCAUCCGUCAUGUCUACUGUAACAGAGACUGCAACAUGAGCAUAAUGUGCAGCAGUGCUGCUUCAGUGCAUUCAGUUCUUUUUGAAACCACUUAAGGAACUCAUACAGUUAAUCUUUUUUCCUCUCAAUUACUUUAAGAUAAGUUUUUUUUACAGUUUUAAUGAGUGUGUUUUUGUGGCUUUUCUCACAAAGAUGGAAUUUUUCCUUCAAUGUCUCCAUUGACUCUUUAAAUUUUGACAAGAAACAUAUGCAGGAUAAUCGUAAUCAGUGGUUUGACUAAGGGAUUUGAAUUAAUUAAGAUUAUCUGAAUAAACAAAAUAUAAAAUCACA